AUGGCGGCACCUGCUGAGAAGCCCGCGUCGAAAUACGAUGACUAUGACUAUCCCACUACUGCCCCCGAGGCUCAGCCUGGCCACCCUGGCCAUACCAGUCCGGAGCAAGACGCCAAAGUAGAUCAGCUCCGCAGCGAGCUGGAACAGGAGGGUUACGUCGAGCGGCUGGACACUCUGACUCUGCUGCGUUUUCUAAGAGCCCGUAAAUUUGAUGUUGCGGCUACUAAGGCAAUGUUCAUCGCAAGCGAAAAGUGGAGGAAGGAAUUCGGUACUGAUGACCUGGCCGCCACUUUCGAGUACCCUGAAAAGCCAGCAAUCUUCAACUAUUAUCCUCAGUACUAUCACAAGACGGACAAGGACGGUCGCCCCGUGUACAUCGAGAAGUAUGGCCGCAUUGACCUCACCGCUAUGUCCAAGAUCACCACCGACGAGCGUAUGCUGAAGAACCUCGUCACGGAGUAUGAGAAAUGCGCCGACCCUAGGUUGCCCGCUUGCUCACGAAAGGCCGGAAAACUACUUGAAACUUGCUGCAGUAUCAUGGAUUUGAAGGGUGUUGGAAUCACGAGCAUGCCGUCCGUUUACGGCUAUCUCAGCCGAGCAUCCGCCAUCUCUCAGAACUACUACCCCGAACGACUUGGAAAGCUGUACCUGAUCAAUGCUCCUUGGGGAUUCAGCACUGUGUUCAGUGUUGUCAAGGGCUUCCUUGACCCUGUCACUGUCGAAAAGAUCCAUGUUCUCGGAUCUGGCUACCAAUCCGAGCUCCUGAAGCAGGUUCCAGCAGAGAACCUUCCCAAGGAAUUCGGUGGCUCCUGUCAGUGUGAGGGAGGUUGCGAGUACAGUGAUGCGGGCCCGUGGCAGGAAGCAGAGUGGGCCAAGCCGCCCAAGUGGGCUGCCCCCAAGGAAGACAAGAACGCCAUUCAAAACGAGGAGGCGGGCAUUGAACAGAAAACCGAAACGCAAGAUGCUUCUCAACCCGUUGCAUAG